GGUCAGUCCCUCAGUUUAGUUUUCCCUCCUCCUCCUGGCACCACAAAACGUGUCCCUGCAUGUCCCACCACCUCCUGGCUGGCACCCCGUGACCGUCACCUUCACCCUGGCAUGCUGAUGGCUCCCUGCACCCCUCCUCACCCUUCCCUCUGGUCCCUGCUUUGUGUUGAAUAAAUGUUGAAUCACCCCCCACCCCCCAAAAAAAGGCCCCCCUGCUGGCACCCAUGGGUGGCUCCGGGAUGGGGACAGUGGCCACAGCUGGAGGAGCUGCCCUAGGGUGGGCAGAUCAGGGCCACCGUCCUCUGCUGUGCGUGAGGCCACCCGUGUCCCCAGAGGAACCUGUGGGACACCCAGCUGUCUGAGCACGCCAGGAGGUGCCACGGACACACAUGUGGCAGUGGCUCUUGAGGUGUCAUCGUCACUUGGACGUCAUCACCCCAAGGGGCAUUGUCACCCCAAGGGACAUUGUGGCUGCAUGGGACUUGGGAAUCUUGCAAGAUUUGUCACCCUGUGGAGCUCUGUCACCCAGUGGGGCAUCAUCACCCUAUGGAGCAUUGUCACCCCUUGGGGUAUUGUCAUCCUGCAAGAAGACAUUGUCACCCCAAGGGACAUCAUCACCCCAUGGGGCACUGUCACCCUCCCAGACAUCAUCACCCUGUGGAGCAUCACCACCCCAGUGGCAUUGUCACCCUCCAGGACAUCAUUGUCACCCUAUAACCCUGUCACCCUUCAGGACAUCAUCACCCCCAGGGCAUUGCCACCCUGGAGACAUUGUCACCCCACAUGCCAGCCACCCUCUGCUCACUGCCAACCUCUGCUGCUUCUGCCUGCUUGGGGACAGUCAUCUGCUGGCUUCUUGGGGACACAGGCUUCUUCUGGCUUCUUGGGGUCUGCUUGGGGACAGAGGCAUCUUCUGGCUACUUGGGGACAUAGCCAAAGUCACCUGCUUGGGGACAGGACCCUUCUGUCUGCUUGGGAACACGGGCAUCUGCUGGCUUCUUGGGGACAGGGUCCAUCUGUGUGUUUGGUUACAUGACCACUGUCACCUGCUUGGGGAUAGUGUCCCCUCUGCCUGCUUGGGGACAUGGACAUCUGGCUUCUUGAUGACAAGUUCUUUUCUGUCUGCUUGGGGACAAGGUCCUCCUCUGCCUGCCUGGGGACAGGGCCAUCUGCCAGCUUCUUGGGGACACAGGCAUCUGCUGGCUUCUUGGGGACAGAGUCCACUUAUCUGCUUGGUUACAAGACCACUGUCACCUGCUUGGGGACAGGGUCCUCUCUGCAUGCUUGGGGACACGGGCAUCUUCUGGCUCCUUGGGGACAAGGUCCUUUCUCUGCUUGCUCGGCCACUGUCACCUGCUUUGGGACAAGACCCCCCCUCUAUCUCCUUGGGGACACGGCCACUGUCACCUGCUCGGGCACAGACCAUUUCCCGCCUGCUUGGGGACAAUGUCACCUCCCGGCUGCCAGCAUCCCACCCGCGGGGGUGUCACCAGAGGAUGGGAGGAGCUCAGGAGGUGGCUUCGGUGGUGACAGGGGGGGUGUAA